AUGGCCGACAGACGCGGCGACCACACCGACGAGGUCUUGGGCAGCGUUCGCGAGCUGCUCCGCGGCCAGCGCUGGCUGGAGCAGCUGGUGGCCAGCCUCGCGCGGGGCAAAAGGGCAGUCGCUUGCAGCGGCGAGGACAGCGAGACUGUGGCUCAGGCAGCAGGAGAAGGCGCGGAGGAGAAGUUGGUAGGAGGGGGCGAGUCGUUGUCUCGGAUGCCGUCGUCCCGCUGGGUUUCGAGAAGGCUGACAUCAACACCAGACAUAGUGGCCGCAUGGGAAGUUGGCAGCCUCGGCAUCGGCGAGUGGAUGCUACAAGGCGGUGGCGAAUCCAUCGGGACCCAAGUGUGGUUGGAGCGCGCGGAGACUGAUUCGGCGACUGUCAUUCAGAUAUUCAAGAUCGUGCGAAUCAUGCGGCUCUCGGCAGUCAUAUGGAUGCGCAAUAUCGGCGCCGCCAAUCGAUGCUUCGCGGCGUUCCAGUCGGCCCUUGCCCAAAUGGCUCCUGGUUUCACGCGGGCUUCCCCAGUGAAUGACAACGAGAAGGUGUUCAACGUUGAACCUGGGCCCCGGAUGCAGAUGCGCCAGCAGGUAGGCGGCAAGCUGAAGCAGACACGCCCGCAGACGGUCAAAGACCUGGCCGCGUCCGACGCGAUCCCGCUGCCCUUGCGCCAUCUGAUCCAACGGCUCUCCGGACCGGGCCCGCGGCGCCGCUGUCGGCGCACGGGCUGCGCCGAGGCCCAGGGCGCGACGCUUUUCGAGGUGGUGCUGCAGAAUGCCGACGCGCUGAUGCCGAUCCUGACCAGGAAGGGCCUGCCAGGGCAAAUUGCGCUUGCGCGCGCCGGCAGGUUAGAGAUGGCGGCAGCACGCUGCUUGCGACGAACCAGCAAGGGGCUGCGCUGCGCGCCGCGGCUGCGCCGCUGGGGCCAGCGGGCGUUCGCCCGCAUGGCGCUCGCCUGGGCGGCGGGCGGCAGCUUGGAGGCGAGUUGCAGGCUGCCCGGGGGCGAGCAGCGCGCGGGGGAACGCCCCGACAAGUGCGCGCAGCGGUUGCUAGAGGGGAAGCUGGGCGCGCUGGCCGACAACAUCGAAAUGGUCGGGGUGCAGAGGCAAGGGGGGGAUGACAACUCCCGCACUUUUGGAGCGCCGACAAGGCGCGCCCGGGCGGUCGUCUCGGCGGAGUGGCCGGUGCACGACGACGUCGUGGCGCACCGGCUGCAGCUGCAGGUGCUGCAGCGCUGUUUGGCCGCCUGCAGAGCCAGCGGCCGCCGCCUGGUGCUGUCGCUCGAGAUGUUCGAAUCCGACGUGCAGCGCGUUCUGGACGAGUACGUCCUGCAGCGCGCCAUACGAGAGCAGGAUAUGACCCAGGACUCGCGGCCGUGGCCCAACUACGCCAGGGACUACCGCCCCCUGGUCGAGCUCUGCCGGGAGCACGGCGUGCGGGUGAUCGCAGCCAACGCCCCGAGGCGCUACGUGUCCCUCGUG